AUGCGGUUCUCUCAAUUAGCCGCCUCCGUCCUGGCGUUGGCCUCGUCGGUAGUCGCAGAAACCAAAUACUGGCAGGAUAACACGGAUGUAAAAAUGCUUCCACCCUAUCUAGAUUCCGACAUGCAAAGUCGAUGGUGGGAUUUUGGCGGAGACACUGUGAUUCGUACCGACCAAUACGUGCGCCUCACCUCAGAGCGACAAUCCCAGCAGGGUUGGAUAUUCUCCCGACUUCCUCUGACUGCAACGAACUGGGAGAUUGAAUUUGAAUUCAAGAUUCACGGAUCAGGCCACUUCCACGGCGAUGGAUUUGCGCUCUGGCUCACAAAACAACGUGGUUCCCCCGGCCCCGUUUUCGGAUUCCAAGACAAGUUUGAAGGUCUAGGCAUUUUCUUUGACACCUACAAGAAUAACCGUCCCGGUACUUCUUUCCCAUAUGUUAUGGCUAUGCUGGGUGAUGGAGAAACCAGCUAUGACAACGAUCACGACGGGAAGGCCAAUGAGCUGGCCGGCUGUUCGGCCCGUGGGCUUCGUGACGCUACAGUCCCAACCAAAGCCCGCCUGACUUACUUCCAAGACAAGUCUCUAACACUUGAUCUCCAAUAUAAGAAGGAGGAUCAAUGGAUCGAAUGUUUCUCUCUAGAUGCAAGCGAGGCCAACAUCGCCAUUCCCUCUGUCUCUUAUCUCGGAUUUUCCGGUGAAACCGGUGAAGUUACCGACAAACACGACAUCAUCUCAAUGACUGUGCACAACUUGUACGACUCCAGAGGUCAAGGAAAUUCUGGAAGCAGCAAAGGCCGCAGCGGUCGCGCUCGUACCUCGAGAAAGAAGAAGUCUGGUAGCUGGUUAGGAUUCUUUUUCAAGACUUUCCUCUUCCUUGGUGCAAUUGUUGGUUCUUAUGUGGGCUACACAAUUUACCGGUCUUCAAAGAGGCAGUCGAGGUUCUAG